AAACUCGAGGAAUUGUCUUGGGUUCGGGAACAAAUAAUUUUUUUUUCAGAUUUUUACAACACCUUUGACUGGACAAUCUUUUAGAGAAACAAUCAUGUUUUUAAAAAAUUAUUUUACUAAAUUUUUCUUUAAAAAACACCUACUUUUUUUUUGAAAUUGCUUAAUCAUUUUGAGCGAAAUGGGGAAAAACAUAAAAUUAAAAAUCCAUUAUUGUUUCCUCUAAACCAGCAACUUUUGAAAAAACCUUUUUUCAAAAAUCAACUCAAAAUUACAUACUUCUGAUUUCCCCCAUCACCCGCUAAUCAGAUUGAGAUGGUGUGACUACGUCUGAAGUCUAGAAACCACAAUAAGUACUUCUUUUCAGAGGUGAUAUUUCUAAUUUAAUGGCUCCAGAUCACUUUUGGUGACUUCUCAUUUUCAAGUCAUGGAUUUGAAUAUUGACUUUGAAGUACCAAAUUUUCUGAUCCAUCAUUAUUACGCAUCGGGAUCAAUUUCAGUUUUAUUGAAUGGAUUAGUCAUCUAUCUUUUGAUAUUUCAUAAUGGGAAAAUCGGUUCUUUCAAGUUUUAUUUGCUGAGUUUCCAGAUUUCAUGUGUCUUGCUAGAUCUCCACGUAACAAUGCUAAUGCAACCAGUUGGAUUGUUGCCAAUUUGUGCGGGGUACAGUAAUGGAAUAUUGUCCAAAGUGUUCAAGCUGCACUCUCAUAUACUUAUGACGCUCUUCGUCUUCUUCCUUAGCCUUCAAAUCAACACCUUGAUUAUUUGCUUUUUACGAAAACACAAGGCAAUUAUGAAUCUGAGGAGUACUUCUUCAGUUCCAAAUUGGAUUUAUCAUGUCCUGUUAGGCAUGAUCGUCUUCCUGAUAUGGUCAUUAACAUUCACUUUGAGCAUGAGCAGUGAGAGCUAUGAAAAGCAAUUGGAAAUGCUUGACAUUUUUCACCCCCUCGUCUCUACAAAGUUCAGAAACCUACCCGAGUUUCAAUACUACUACCUGAACACUUGGAUGUUGAUUUUUUUCACCCUCACAAUUUUUGAAACUAUGAAAUCAUUUUUGAUGGUGUCUGGAACUGUGACUCAAAUGUAUCGAGCACUGAAAGAAGUUGAAUGUCAGCUGUCAAGUCAAACACUUGCUAAGCAUAAAUCUGCAUUGAGAAGCUUGAUUGCUCAGUUUGCAACAACUCCCGUCGCAAUACUACCUGGCGGAAUGAUCGCGUGUACUGUAAUAUUUCCAACGGAAUACUCCCAAAAAAUAUCCUGGUGUUGCAUGAUGGUUAUGACCACCCACUCAACUCUCAACUCACUGGUCGUUAUUUUGACAUACCCGGAAUUCCGAAAAAUUGUAUGCUUUUGGGAUAAAUCGGUCAAAAAAUCAACAGCGGUGGCUACAGUGAUCAUUUGA